CAGACACACUUUUUACACAACACAAACAAAUAUUCCCGGUGCCCGCGUGGAGGCUUGCACACCGGCACUUUUCACAGGCCGAUCCACGGUACACGCCGCCCGUGUCUGGGUCUGACGGGAGCGUGCGGCCCGGCGAGGCGGGACGUGUUUUGCGGGACCUACUUCCUCUGCUGGCACUGACAGGCGGUGGUUCGGUUGCUCCCAAACAUGGCCUCCGUGACGGAGCGACCGCUUCAACUUUAAUUUUUCGCCAGUUUUCGGAGUAAAAACCGCGCUUUUCCCUCCGUGCUCCGCCGGGAAUGUUCCGCCGGAGACCCGGCCGUGCCAGGCGUGUCAAACGGAGGCUGAGGUUGGCAGAAGUUCGCUGCUGGCUUUGAAGUCGUCGCUCUAAGUUGGCUGAAAGCUGGAGAGGAAAAAGAGAAUUGCAUCGAAUCAAAUGCCAUCUGAGGCUCAGCCUCAGGAGCCUCGGGACAGAGGGCCGCCCCCUCCCGUCACUCGGGCCGGCCGCAGCGCUCAGCUGGCCAAAGCCACUGCUUCUAGCCCCGCCCCUGAGAGGCGGCCCCGUGGGCGACCGCGGAAAGAUGGGAGCAGCGGGCGCUCUGGACCUGCUGCCCCGCCUCCUCCUCCACCACCUCCUCCCCCUCCGCCCCCCAAAUCAAGAAAGAAGGGGCGGAGCCGAGGACGAGCUCAGGUAGAGGAUGAAGAGAGCAUGGAUGCCACAGAGAAGAAGCCCCUCCAGAAGACAGAGGUGAAGGCUCAGACCACGCGGCGGCAGCGCUCCACCUCCAGGAGAAAAUCCAAAACAAGCUCUGAACCUGCCCAGGACGAGCCCAGUCCAGAUCCUGACCCUGACCCGGAUCCAGGACCGGUGCCCCCCGACCCUGAGCUGGCUGCGAGUGCUGAGGAGGGGGAGGUGGAGGACAGACUCCACUCAGAGGCUCCGCCCCUAGCCUCUAGCCCUCCAUCCCAGUCCCAUCAUCCUGAUCCUGAUCCUGUGGAGGAAGACCGGCCCAGUCCGGGUCACAGCCCCACCCCUACGGAUGUGGACUGCAGCCUGGUUCCCAUAGAAGUAGAGGAGGGCGGGGCCGGCCCCGUGGAGCAGAGUCCGGCCGUCAGUCCCCGCUCCAGCCCUCCAGUGUCCCCCUGUCUGCGGUUGGAGGACGAAGACUCGCUGUCCCCGCUGUUCCAGCGCUCUCUGUCGGAGGACUCCGGGGGCUCGCCCACCCCCAGCCUGGGACACACCAAAAAAAGCUCCUCCGACCGAGACAACGACUGCCACGACCACUGCUACCGCGGCAGCCAAGCCCCGGCCACGUGCUGCAGUCCAGAACAGUGUGAGUCUUCCUCAGAGUUCCUUCAGCAGCUUGGACCCAUCGGCCUUCCUCAUGACAUCAACGUCCAAUCACUGUUUGACCCCACAGGUCAGUGCUGUGCUCACCUGCAGUGUGCCACUUGGUCAGAGGGGGUGUGUCGAGGCGAGGGACAAUCACUGCUCUACGUGGACAAAGCCAUCGACACAGGAAGCACACAGGUGUGCGUGUUCUGCCGGCAGCUCGGAGCCUCGCUGCGUUGUCAGGAGAUGGACUGUGGGCGGUGCUACCACUUCCCCUGCGCUGCUGCUGCCGGAGCCCACCUGGACUGGAACCAGAGGCGCACACUGUGUACACGACACGCACACGCAGGGUCCUCGCCACCCUGCGCUCUGUGCUCUGGCGGCGGUGAGCUUGGCAGCCUGUUAAUGUGCUGUUGUUGUGGUAACCGUUACCAUGGCAGCUGCGUGGACCCCUCUGUGGCCCCCUCCCCAUUCUGCCGGGCCGGCUGGCAGUGUCCUCGGUGUCGAGUGUGUCAGAGCUGCAGGCUGCAGGGCGACGAAGCUGCGUUACUGGUGUGCGAGCGCUGCGAUAAAGCCUACCACGCACACUGUCUCACACCACCUCUGGAUCACACGCCGAGCACCGGCUGGAGCUGCAAGGACUGGAACCAGAGGCGCACACUGUGUACACGACACGCACACGCAGGGUCCUCGCCACCCUGCGCUCUGUGCUCUGGCGGCGGUGAGCUUGGCAGCCUGUUAAUGUGCUGUUGUUGUGGUAACCGUUACCAUGGCAGCUGCGUGGACCCCUCUGUGGCCCCCUCCCCAUUCUGCCGGGCCGGCUGGCAGUGUCCUCGGUGUCGAGUGUGUCAGAGCUGCAGGCUGCAGGGCGACGAAGCUGCGUUACUGGUGUGCGAGCGCUGCGAUAAAGCCUACCACGCACACUGUCUCACACCACCUCUGGAUCACACGCCGAGCACCGGCUGGAGCUGCAAGAACUGCAGAGUCUGCUGCCGCUGUGGUGUCAGGUCAUCAGGCCAGUGGGCCAAUCACCUGUUUCUGUGUGAGUCGUGUGACCCAGCAUUGCCCUGCCUUCUCUGUGGCCACACCCCCGACCUCUACACACCACAGGAGUGCGUGACCUGUGUCUGCUGCUAUAGGUUUGUCCAUGCAGACUGCAUCAUCCAGGCCGGGGAGGGCAAGGUGGGGUCCGAAGUGUACAUCUGCUCCACGUGCAGACCUCAACAGGAGGAGCCAAACCCACACAGUCCCACAUUGGCAUCAGCUGCCGCCCUUAGCCCCUCACAGACUCCACCCAGUAGCAUUCCACAGCCAUCGGCCUCAACCUGCACAGAGGCUCCACCGGCCAGUCCUGUUGGUCAACUUGUCCCUGAGGAGCCGCCACAGAGAACAACAAAGUCCCUCAGUACACCAUCACCACCAAGUCUUACAUCUCACACCGACUCCCAGGAGCUCCUGAAUAAUCCACUGUCAGUUCUUCCUCAGUCUACAGAGCUCCACCAGAGUUCUACAACGUCUCACCCUGAAGCCAGUGAACCCCAACAGAGUCUAUCGUCUCAUUCUGAGGGUAUGGAGACACAACAGAGUUCUCCAUCAGUUCUCCCUGAGUCCACAGAGCUCCAACAGAAUCCUCCAUCAGUUCUCCCAGAGUCCACAGAGCUCCAACAGAAUCCUCCAUCAGUUCUCCCUGAGUCCACAGAGCUCCAAGGAAGCUCUGUAUCAUCUCAGCCUGAAGCCACGCUUCAACAGAGUCCUCCACCAAUUAUCCCAAAGUCCACAGAGCUCCAAGAAAGUCUUUUAUGUCACCCGGUUUCUGCCAAACUCCUAGAAACUCCCAAAGUUCUCUCACAAAGUGGAUGGAGCAUGGAGUUGGAACAAAGCCCUUCACAAUGUCAAACGGAUCCCACAGAGCUCCAGCAAAGUCCUGCAUCAUCUCCCAUGGAGCUCCAACAAAGUUCCUCGCCUACUCCUGUAGAACACCAACAAUUAUCUGCACCGUCUCCCAAAGAACUCCCAGACAGUCCUACACCGUCUCACCCGCUUUCCACAGAGCUGCUUCAACCAAAUUCCUUACAAACGCUUGAACUCCGAAGUCCUGCACCAUCUGAAAAUGCAGAGCUUCAACAAGGUCAUCCAUCAUCUCCCAUAGAACAAAGUUCCUCAUCACCUUCAGCAGAGCUCCAGCCCAUUCUUGUGCUGUCUCACACUGAUUCCACAGAGCUCCCACAGAAUGCACCAUUUCCCACAGAGCUCCUGUCAAGUCCUGCACAAUCUCACAUGAAUCCUUUGGCACCUUUAGCUGCACACCCCCCACAAAGUCCACAACCAUCUGUCACGGAGCUCCCACAGAGUGCUGUAAUUUCCCUUCCUGAUCCCACAGAGCCCCAACAAAACGUUGUACCUUUGACUGCACCUUCUAUCAGUGAACUCGAGCCACCUCCCUCGUGUCACACAGCAUCCCAUCGUAAUCAAGAAGAGCUCCAUCCUGAUGUGGCAGAGUUUAGAAUAAGCUCCUCACCAUCUUGCCCUGAUCUUGCAGAGGCCCGUGAAAGUUACUCAGCAUCCCACUUGGAUUCCACAGAUGACCAGAAAAGCUGGACCCCAUUACACCUUCAGCAGAGUCCUGCACAGUCUCACUCUAAUCUGGCAGAACGUGAGAAAAGCGCUGAUCAGUUUAUGGACACAGAAUCUCAGCAGAGUCCAGUACAGGGUGGUCCCACGGCUUGUACCCUUGCACAUUUUCUACACAGCCCUUCACCUCACAGUCCUAUCAAAUCAGGGCUGACUCCUCCCAGGGUGGAGCUGGGGACAGAGGAGGCUCGGCGCAGCCUUGCACCACACAGUCCUGCACAGGACAAUGCUAUGCAGCUCAGUGGAUCACAUAGUCACAGCCUCACAGCCUCACAGCCUCAGCACAGUGCUCUACAAACGGACUGUAGUCCUGUGCAAGCCGGCACGAGGAACCCCUCACAGGACACUGAAUCUACACUGGACCAGGAGAGCCCUGGAUUGAGCAGCCCUACUCUGCAGUAUGGGGCUGCACAGGACACGUCUACACUGGACCAGGACCUCUCAUCGGCAGCAAGAUACGCCUCAGCUCCAUGUAGCCCAUCGUCACCACCACUCAGACCUAAACGGUGCAGUCUGUCCCAACCUGCCAGCCCUGCUCAGGCUCUCCGGCCUUCACAGCUUAGCUUACAUACUUUAGAACUUGCUGCACAUUCAACACUCACGCAGGAGUCCACCCAUGCCACACAACCCGACUCCUUGAAACAUUGCCCUUUGCAAAAGAGUUCUAGCCCUGAUGGCCAAACACUGGAAAAUAACCCUCCCCCCCUUAACCCCACCUCUAGCCUGGCCACAGUGCCCCCUGAAAGUAGCACGCUCAGCCCCCCUCAUGUCCUCGAUUCCCAGACACCAGAAAGCCUUUUUCACGUUAGCACUUCAGCCAAACACAGUAGCCUAGCUUGCUCACCUUGUGCCGGUGAAAUGGAGGAAGCUCCUCCCCCAGCUAGCCUAAUUCAUCAGAAUCUUCACAACACCCCAUCGCUCUGCAUGGAAGUUGUUGAAGGAGCUAGCCCCACACAUAACCGGGCCAGCUCAGCUUGUGCCAGCCCCACUCGUGCUUACCAGAUGCCUACAAGCCCAACCAUGUGUCUUGAAGGCCAUCCUAGCCCUGUGCCAGGGGAGAGUAGCCCAUCAGCAGCGCUGGCUGAACCCAUCCACCUUGUCUCCUGUCAGGAUGAGGAGAUGGAGGUAGCUACCAUCCAGCCAAGUGAUGGUGUUCAGUCAGAACCGAGUCCCAGUCAACCAGACAGUCCUCAGCCUGACCUUGCUUACUCAGAAGCCACCGGUGGCAUUGUUUUGUCAGGUCAUGAGCAUGCUCAGGAGACAGAAAGUCCCCCUGGUCAGUCAAGUCGGCCACAUAUCCAGAUUUCAAGCCCUCCACCAGCUUCUGGUAGUUCAAGUCCUCCACACUGUACACUGAGUGAUACCGGCCCAGAGAGGAGUCCUGUUAGUGCUGAAACAUAUCCCUGUUCUGCCAGUGUAGCUGAUGUUCACACCAGUCAUAGCCCAGUUAGUCCUGCUGGUCAGGCUAGUCCUGCUCAUGUAGUAGUAGCCCACUCAGGCCCAGUGCAGACACAAACUUCCUCAUUAGCUAGCACAACUCAUAGCAGCCCUGCACAUGCUGCUCUUGCCAGUGUUAGCCCACCUCACAGUCCAGCUCCUGACACUGAAAGUAGUACUAGCCUUACUGAGGCAUCACUGAGCCCCACUGGUCCUGAUGUGGACGCAGUUGCUCGUUCCAGUGGGGCUCAGCCUGAUACGGGUGCUGAUAAACCUGCAGACUGUGUCAGACAAACAAGUCCUGCUGCCUCUGUACCCGACGACUCAGCUGCUGUUAGCCCCAGCCAGAUCAGUCAGAACCAAGUCAGCCAGUCCCCAGCUGGUACUGCAGUGGUCCCCAAAGAAAACCACCAGUGCACUGCCUCACCAAGCCCCCUGUAUCAAAGCCCACUCAUCCCCACUGAUGCUACUUACACUCAGGCCAGUCUGAGUCCUGCUAGCCCUGUCCAUGCUAGUCCCACUCAGGAUAACACUGCGAUGCCUAGCUCAACCUCUCCCAAUGAGGCACCUCCUAGUCCCACAUGCCCCGCCCCCUCACAGAUUAGCCCUUCUCAAACAGUCUCUUUUGACACUCUGCAGGUUCAGCGUAGUCCCUUACACAGCCCAGGUCAAAGUCCUACAGGUGUUCGUAUGGAUCCAGGUUUUAAACAGAUCACCACAAGUCCAGGUCCCUCGAGUCCUGUGCAGGCAGAGNCUGGUCCCGGCCCCCUGAGUCCUGUGCAGGCAGAGCCUGGUCCCGUGAGUCCUGUGCAGGCAGAGCCUGGUGUCAGACCUGCUUCUGCCAGCCCGUUCCACUGUGAAGCCAGUCCUGCUUGUGAUCCAGUUAACACUGCUCCCUCAAUAACCAGCCCAAGUCCUGGUCCUGCUAGUCCCGUGAAGCCAGAACAAGGUCCUGGACCUGAAGGGAUGUCUGAUGGCACCAUGGACACACCGAGCACAGAGCAGCAGGAGGAGCAGCAGGAGGAGCAGCAGGAGGAGCAGCAGGAGGAGCAGCAGGAGGAGCAGCAGGAGGAGCAGCAGGAGGAGCCUGAACACACAUCACAGGAGAGCCUAGCAGAGGAGCCUGUGGAGAGGAGCGAGGCAGGAGAGGAACAAAACCAGAAGGUUCUGCCCAGUAGCUCCAGCGGUCUCAAAGGAGUCCAGGAGACUCAGUGCCCCGCCUCCCCCAUACCCACGCAUCAACCUGUGUCCUCCCCUUUGCCCUCAUCACCUCCAUCUGUGGGAGCUGGCUCCCUGGAGGCCUCCCCCCAUCGUCACUCCCAGCCCACCAUGGUAGAGGGCCUCCCACAGGAGAAGCUUCCCAGUGACUUUGGACUUACGGUGGGGCUGAAGGACCAAUCGCCUCUUUGUCACAUGACACCAGAGUGUGAUGGGGGUCAGUCACAGACCCUAUAUGAACCUGUUGCUUUGGUAACAGAACCCACUGAAGAUGAGCACCAAUCACAAGCUGAGCCUUCACAGGAGGAGGAGGAUCUUUCUGAAACAGUUCAGCCGUCAGGCGGUCAGCCAAUCACUGAGGAGCACUCAGACAUGGAGGAGGAGCCAGUGAGCCCCGUGCUGGACUUGGACCCCUCUUUAGACAGAGAGGUGAUGGAGCUGAUGACAUCAUCGCCUCCCCCGUCCCUCCUGCACCUGUCCUCGCCAUCCUCAUCGCCGCUCCUGCGCAGAGGGAAGGGUCGCACCCUGAGGCCUCCUCCCUGCUCCCCCCGGCUGUCUGAUGACCUCUCCAUCCGCCUCAGACAGUCCCCCUUCUCCACUGAGGCCUCCCCAGAGACCUCCCCUGCAAGAGUGCCCAUCACGCCGCCGCCGCUCACCCCACCUUUGCCUUCUCUCAGGACUUCCCCCCUAGCUAGAGAGUCUCCACCUCUCUCUAAGGCUCCUCCCACCACCGUGCUCUCCCUCACCCCAAAAAUCGGCAUGGGGAAGCCUGCCAUCUCUAAGAGGAAGUUCUCUCCUGGCAGAGCCCGGGUGAAACAGGGCACGUGUUGGAGUAGUCGCAGGGCGGUCAGCCCCCUCUCGUCCUCCCAGGAUUCCACGGGGGAGGGAGGGUGGGACCCUAAGCCCCGCCUGCAGGACUCCCCGCUCUGGAGCAUGAGAGUGGGUCGUGGUUCCGGGUUCCCGGGCAGGAGGAGGUCCAGAGGCGGCGGCAUCGGAGGAAGAGGAGGGAGAGGAAGGAGCCGACUGAAGACUCAGGACAGCGUGAUGAUGUCACCGGGAGUAAGAGCACACCUGCACACCUGGAAGCCGAUUGAGAACUCGAUGCACAACACCGUGGUGAUGUUCUCCACCUCGGACCACUUCACCCUCAGACAGGACAUGUGUGUGGUGUGUGGCAGUUUCGGGCAGGGCGCUGAAGGUCGGCUGUUGGCGUGCUCUCAGUGUGGACAGUGUUACCAUCCUUACUGCGUCAACGUAAAGAUCACUCGGGUGAUUCUGACCAAAGGGUGGCGCUGUUUGGAGUGCACGGUGUGCGAAGCAUGCGGUGAGGCCAGCGACCCUGGGCGACUGUUGCUAUGUGAUGACUGCGACAUCAGUUACCAUACCUACUGCCUGGACCCGCCCCUCCUCACGGUGCCUAAAGGAGCCUGGAAGUGCAAAUGGUGUGUGUGGUGUGUGCAGUGUGGCUCCGCCUCCCCCGGGCUGCGCUGCGAGUGGCAGAGUAACUACAGCCUGUGCGGGCCGUGCUGCAGCCUAAGCCACUGUCCCGUCUGCCAGCGAGCGUACCUGCAGGACGACCUCAUCCUGCAGUGCCAGCAGUGCGACAGGUGGGUCCACGCUAUGUGUCAGGGUCUGACCACUGAGGAGGACGUGGAGGCCGCUGCUGACGAAGGAUUUGACUGUUCACUGACGGAGUCGUUGGCGCCCUUCAUGGCUCAGAUCGUCUCCAGGAUCAGGGAACCCGACUCAAAGACGUACACUCAGGACGGGGUCUGCCUGACCGAGUCGGGCCUGUCUCACCUGCAGUCUCUGGUCGAACCUCUGACGUCGCCGCGCAGGUGGCGCAGGUGUAAACCCAAACUGAAGCUGAGGAUCAUCAACCAGAACAGCGUGUCCGUCCUGCAGACCCCAGCGGACGCCGAGCUGGACCACGGCAGAGCUCCGCUCGACUGCGAGAUGAAAUCUGACUCCAGCCCCGAACGAGAUCACGUCCAAGACGAUGACAUCGCCAAGGAGCCCGAUGUCGCUGACGGCAACAAGAAGAGGAAACGGAAACCCUACAGGCCAGGUAUCGGCGGGUUCAUGGUGCGUCAGCGUGGCGCCAAGGCGGGGGUGGGUGCAAACCGCAUCAAGCUGUGCAGGAAGGAUUCGACGGAGAUGCUACCGGGCCGGGAUGAAGGUGAGACGCCUCUCGCCUGUGGACACGCCCACCUUUCACCCACUGCUGAUGUCAAAAACAAACUCUGUGUUUUGAUUGCAGACGUUGCCAUGGAAAUGGUGCCCACAAUCACUGUCCAGACAUCAGAGAAGUCAAAGAAGAGGUACAGGAAGAAGAAGACGAAGCUGGAGGAGACCUUCCCCUCUUACCUGCAGGAUGCAUUUUUUGGUCGAGAUCUUCUCGAUCGGAGCCGACAGGUGGACAGGGGGGCGGGGCCAGAAGCAGCAGCCAGUAGCCAACCAAGACCAGCGACAGGUAACCUGAAAGGCCCAGCUCCUGGAUUUCAGGCCCCUCCCCUCUCUGGCGCCAGCAGGAAGGCGGCAGCGCUGCCCGGGUCGGAUGGCGGUCUCGUGGAUCUGUCCGACGUCCUGAACACCGACCCUCACAUCCUCGCCACCGGACACACAGGUCAGUUCCAGGUGGAGCGCUCCCCGUCUCCAUUUGGUCUGGACAUCAGCUCUGUGGCACAUGACGCCUCUUUGACUUCUGAGCCAACGGGAAGCAGUGGGCGUGUCCAGAGGGCAAUGCAGGAAGAGCCUCUGGACGCCAUCUUGAGUCCUGAGCUUGAUAAGAUGGUCACUGAUGGUGCCAUCCUUAGCAAGCUCUACAAGAUCCCAGAGCUGGAGGGAAAGGACGUGGAGGAGGUGUUCACUGCUGUCCUCAGUCCAGACAGCAGCAACAGCCAAUCAGAGCAGCAAAAAGCUCGGGACAAUCGAGCGGCUCAACGCAUCAACAAAGUGCAGCUGUCCAAUGACCCGCUCAAACGCCACCCGCCCUCACAGCAGCAGCUGUCCGCGCCGCUGGGACCCUUUGACACUGUUUCCAUGGAGAUAGAGAUGCCGUUCAAGGACCCGCUGAGGCCCAAGGAGUCGGAGCAGGAGCAGGAGUGGAAGUUCAGACAGGGAGGGGUUAAAGACAGAGGGGAAGCCGAUAAGAAGAGGCAGGAAAUCCCCCCCCAAAGCAAAAAAUCUCCAACAGAUACAGAUUGUCCCUGCCAGGCAUCCGUAGCAGCUCCGCAAAUGCGUCAGAAGAGCAAGCAGCUCGCCAAGAUGGAGGCCACCCAGAAGCUGGAGCAGGUGAAGAACGAGCAGCGGCAGCAGCAGCAGCUCCUGGCCAGCCAGCGCCUCUCAGGCCCCCAGUCGCCUGACUCUGGCAGCCACAGCCCCGUGCCCACCGGAGGAAGCGCCUCCCCUCAGCUCCACGCGGGUCUCAGGGAGGGUCAGCCCAGGCAGCACCUCCUGCAGGGAGGUUCUGGACCAGCGGACGACAUCUUCCUGCGGCCUCAAGCACCGCCCCCUUCUGGCUUUUCCUCACUCCCUCAAUCCCCACAUCCCUCCUCUCCCCUCCACCAGCCAACGUCUUCCCCCCAGAUGUUCUCUCCCCCCUCCUCCCGCCCUUCCUCACCCUGGGACCCCUACAGUAAGGUUAUAGGCACUCCUCGGCCCUCCUCUUCCCAGCCUGGAGGCCCCGCAGCCUCCCAGCAGCAUCACAGCUCCCUUAGCACCUCCCCAGCCCACGAUGUCGUAGGCUCUCCUGCUCCGUCCCCCGACUCCAAAACACCUGACGUCUUCAGAAGCCUCGGGCCACAACCAGGUAACCCCACCCCCGACCCGUCAGUCAGACACGCCGGCAUCCGAGUGGCCGAAGCCUACCAGAAGACGAACGUGCGAGUCGCUGCGCCCGAGUCGUGCAGUCGUCAACUGGUCCAGGGUGGUGUGUUUAAGGCCCCCAUGCCCCCUCAGCAAGAGGCAUGUGGUGGAGGAGGAGGGAGGAGGGACCUGUCAAGGCUCACAGACCCAAGCUUUGCCCCCCCUCCUUCACAGGAGCCUCCCUUCCCCUCCAGCCCACUGUCAGGUCUGGGCUCCCCCCACCGUAGCCCCUACGCCCAAGCACCCGGCACGCCCAGACCAGAUUACACCCAGCAGAUGUCCGACCCCUUCACCCAGCAGUCACCUAUGACCUCCCGGCCAUCUCCGGAUCCCUACACCAACCCUCAGACCCCGGGCACGCCGCGCCCCCACUCGGACCCCACAUACCUCACCACACCGCCUGCGCUGAGACCAGACCAGUACAACCAGCAAUCCAUGAGCCGCCGUCCGUCCCCCUCUCACCCGACCCUCGAUCCCUACGCCUCCAACCCGGGCACGCCCCAUCCAGCUGUCAUCGACCGCUUCCCCCGAUCACCAGGGAGUCAGCGGACCGGCGACCCCUACGCACAGCCCGCAGGUACACCGCGACCCUCGCCGGAUCCCUACGCCCAGCAGCCCUCCACACCACGACCCCAGAAGGCCCACGAGCCAUUCAGCCAAACCCCAGUCGAGAGCUUAGCUCCUCAGCCUGCAGCUUCCGCUUCAUCCCCUCUGGCUCCAGGAGACCCAGGGACCUUCACCCCAACGCCCCACCAGUUACAGCAGUCACCAGGAAGACAACAGCAGCAGGACUCAUUUCCCAGAACCCCAAAGCACCCUGGGAUAUCAGAAGAGAGCUUCUCUGCUUUGGCCAGUCACACUCCGGGGCACGAUCCGUUUGAGCAGGGUCACAUGACACCAGGCCGAUCGCAAACCGACAAGACGGCGACCACUGAAACAUCUGCUUUAGACGGGUCGAUGAGCGCGAUGCUUGGUGACUCGGGGGAGAAGCUGAGACAGCGUCAGCGGCUUCGGGAGCUGAUCCUGAGACAGCAGCAGCAGAAGAGCACGCUACGUCAGGAGAAGGGUCUGCAGGAACCGGCUCCUGGGCUGGCUGCAGCCCCGGCUGCUCCAACAGGAUCCUCCCCUGGUUCUGGCACACCUCUUCACAACUGGUCGCAGGACGACUCCUCCAGCUCCACCGCUUCCCCUGUCCAGACGGACCCAUUUGGGCGCCCUCCGCCCCCGUAUCCUGGCACGAUACGGCCUGCCGGGGCUCCAGCCCUGAGGUUCCCUGGAGGGUUCCCAGGAGAACAGCAGAGGGGUUUCGCGCCCACCGAGGCUUCUUUCCCCAGACAGAGCCUCCCCAGAGAGCUGGGUGUCCAAGGACCAGGAUCGAGGUUUGGAGCUCCAGCUGGCCUCCAUGACACUUUCCUGCGUGCAGGAUCAACGCCUGCCUCUGGGCUCGGUGCUGUGGAGGUUCGUGUUCAGAUGAGGAGGCCAGUGCCCGGGGACUUCACCGCCAUCCGUCCCCACGGGACUCCAAACGCUCACCCGCACAUGAUGCAAGGUGUCCCCCAGCCCUUCCUCCCUCGCUCUCUCCCCAUCCAGCAGCACAGCAUCAUGGGACAGCCCUACAUCGAGCUUCGACAUCGCGCUCCAGAGAACCGCCUCAGGCUGCCCUUCUCUCUCCCUUCAGCCACGGACCCCGACGCCCCUCUCCUGCACCCCAGAGACCCCCACCCACCUGCCAUCAGACCUGGUCCCGGGGCCAGGAUGGGUGAGACGCUGAUGGCUCAGCAGAUGAUGAUGGCAGGCGCCGUGGAGCAGCUGAACCAGCAGGAUCCUCAGCAGCACCUUGGCCACGCGGCAGCUCUGACGCAGACCGGCGAGCCGGCGCUCUCGGGAGCCGAUGGAAUCGAGGAGCACCUGGAAGGGGAGGACUCGGCUGUGAAGGACCUGGAGGAUGUAGAAGUGAAGGAUCUGGUUGACCUGAACCUGAACCUCGACCCUGAAGAUGGUAAAGAAGACCUGGACCUGGGUCCCAACGACCUCCACCUCGAUGACUUCCUGCUGUCGGGGAAGUUUGACCUGAUCGCCUACGCCGACCCUGAGCUCAACCUGGAGGACAAGAAGGACAUGUUCAACGAGGAGCUGGAUCUGGGCGAGCCAGCGGAGGAGAAGGAUGGAGGUGGUGGUUCUAGAAAGACCGACAGCAGCUCCCACCUGGUCGGACAGAUCAAACAGGAAGUGAGGGACGACAGCAAGACGGGGGCAGCUCGACCUGGGGUCAUCGCCACCAGCAAGUCCCCGGGAGCUCUAGGACUGGAGGUUUCCUCUGUCCAUCACAUCAAGGAGAAGCUGGAGGACUCCGGUUCUGUUUCAGGGGCUCUGUCAUCCCUCAAGCCCCAGGAGCAGGUCCCAUCCAUGGGCCUGGUGUCCAGAGUUCAGCCCGCUGUGACCACAGGACAACAGCCUGUCUUCCAGCAGAGGCCUCAACUCACCCCCCACCCUCAGGCUGUCUCAGUGUCUCCUCACCCACUGCCUCUCCAGCCUCCUCACCUCCUCCUCACCACUCAGACCGAACCUCCACAUGUGGGGACCUCCACGCAGAGCCAGAACAAACAAAGGCCUCUGCUUCUGGAGGAGCAGCCGCUUCUUUUGCAGGACCUCCUGGACCAGGAGCGCCAGGAGCAGCAGCAGCAGCAGCAGAUGCAGGCCCUGAUCAGACAACGCUCCACCACAGACUCUGCGUUCCUCGGUGUGGACUUUGAUUCCAUUACAGACCCCAUCAUGAAGGCAAAGAUGGUGGCUUUGAAAGGCAUAAACAAAGUGAUGUCUCAGGGAAACCUGGGUCUGAAUCCCGCAGUCAUCAACAGGUUCCAGCAGCCUCCAGGAGCCCCCGGUCCCGAGGUCCCCCCCCAGCCUCCACACCUGGUGUUACAGGAGGGGAAGGUGAACCCUCAGCUGGUGCAGCCCAACCCCCCGAGCUUUGGCCCCGGGUUCAGCAAUGAGCCCAAGCGGCCGCAGUACGAGGACUGGCUCGGAGAGACGCAGCAGCUCCUGCAGAUGCAGCAGCGCCUCCUGGAGGAUCAGAUCGCCGCCCACCGCAAGACCAAGAAGGCUCUGUCAGCCAAACAGAGAACGGCCAAGAAGGCGGGCCGCGUCUUCGCAGAGGAGGACGUCGCCCAGCUGCGCUACAUCAGCGAGCAGCAGGGAGUGGUCCAGAAGCAGCUAGAGCAGAUCCGCAAGCAGCAGAAGGACCACGCCGAGCUCAUCGAGGACUACCGCACCAAACAUCCUCAGAGGGGUCUACAGCAGCAACCGGCUCCCCCCCUCCCUCAGAAGCUGCUCUCACAGCCCGUCGUGCCCCUGCAACCCCACCCGGGCGGCCCCGCACCGGCCCGUCUCCCAAAUGUGCCUCCCGGUUGGACUCCAGGGGGUGGGGCUCCAGGAGUGAUGGGGCAGAGGAUGCCGCCUCAUCAACCCCCUCAACCCCCUCAACUCCCCGCUGCCCUACCCAACAGCCCGCAAGUACCCCCACACACCCAGGCGCCCUCUGCCAUAGUGCCGGGCCUCGCAGCUCAGACGGCGGGCUUUACUGCCGCCUCCCGAGGCCCCAGCGGAGCCCCCACCGGAGGUCCCAAUGGAGCCACAGUGGAUGGAGCUGGCCCCGCCCCUCAGGUCAAGUUUGACGACAACAACCCGUUCAGCGAGGGUUUCCAGGAGAGGGAGAGGAGGGAGAGGCUGAGGGAGCAGCAGGAGAGGCAGCGGGUUCAGCUCAUGCAGGAGGUGGAGCGUCACCGCGUCCUGCAGCAGAGACUGGAGCUGGAGCAGCAGAGCCUCUUGGGGGCCUCCGUGCCUCCUGCCGCGACUCCGUCGGGUCCUCAGGUGGGGCCGACAGCUGCCCCCGGAGGGGACGGUUUGUCUCAGAUGCCCUUUUUCAGCUCCGAGCUGCCCCAGGACUUCCUCCAGACCUCCAGACCUCGACCUCAGCACCAGAUGGCAGCGACCUUUCCCCUGCAGGCGGGCCUCCGCCAAGGCUUCACGGCGAGGCCUCUGCUCCCUGGAGCGCCCCCUGUUCCAACAGGUGAACCCCCCAUGAACGUGGCUCCUUCCAGCCUCCAGACCAGGACGAGGCUCCCUGGCCUCACAGCACCCUCAGCCCCAGGGCAGGCACACCCAGCUGGGAUCGGAGCAGCAGGAAUGCCCUCCUCCCAUCCGGCAGGGCAGGGACAUCUAUUCGGACACGACUCCUCCUCUUCCUCCCCCUCCACUCCUCUGGCCACUUCCUUCCCCUGCUCCUCCUCUGGUGGCCCCGCCUCCCUCAUCCAGCUGUAUUCUGACAUCAUCCCGGACAAUAAACCGAAUAAGAAGAGGAGUAGGAAGAAGGACGGGGAGGAAGCCACAGGAGGAGGGGGGGCCCGGACGCCACUGUCCUCGCAGUCUGAUGACCUCACUGCCCCUCCCACCCCUGCUGUCUCUGACACUGCGUGCUCCACACCCACCUUUGGCAGCAUGGACCAAUCAGAGCUGUCUUUCCCUCAGAGCUCCUCCCUCUCUGGUCUGGCCCCAUCAUCAGAGCUGGAGAGGCAGCUGUCCAUCAUCUCUGCAGCCCAGCAGAGAGCCUCCGGGCUGGGCUCAGAGUGCCAGAGAGGGCCCCUGUCUGCAGCUCUGCUGAAGGUCAAGGAGGAGCGUGAGGAGGCCGCAGCCUGUGGAGCCAGGGUGGUGAAGAUGGAGGAGGGCCGGGCAGAGCCGUUCUCCCCCACGUCUCCUCAUCAGGCAGGCGAUGCAGGUAAGGAGCUGCUCAGACACCUGCUAAGGGACAAGACCUCCCCUGCCAACACGCCAUCGCCCGUCACCCAAGCUCCGCCUAUCGCCCGGCGACAGCUGUCCAGCGAUGGCUGUCGAUCUGAAGAGGAAGAUGCACCAGGUUCCCAUGGCAACAUGGUGGCGAGGGACGGGCCUGCCUCAGAGCUGCUGGACGCCUUCGGCAGGAAGAAGACGCAACGCUGCAAGAGACCCGCCCGGCCCGACAAAGACCGAGCUCCUCCCAAGUACAAAAGGAAGAAGAAGGAGGAGGAGGCACUCCAAUCCUGCUCCACCUCUUCCUCUGACCCGGUGGUGACACACCUCAGACAGCUGGCAGUGCUGCCCCUCAUGGAGCCGGUCCUGGGGGUGGAUCUCAGUCUGUUCCCCCCCUACGGCACUUCCUCUCUGGGCCGAGACUCCCGGCUGAGCGGCUCCUUCGGCAACGCCUGCCUGGAUGGAGUCAGCGACUACUACUCCCAGCUCAUAUACAAGCAGAACAACCUCAGUAACCCCCCCACUCCUCCGGCCUCCCUGCCACCGACACCGCCUCCUGUUGCCAGGCAGAAACUGGUGAACGGUUUCGCCACGACAGAGGAGCUGACCAGGAAGGAGGUCGGCGAGCAGGAUGUGAAAGGUGUGUCUGCUCUGAAGCUGAAAGGGGAGGAGCUUCUCAGUUUAAACCAUCCCUCCAAGACAGUAGAUGUGCCUGCCUCCCUCCCAACCCCACCCCACAACAACCAGGAGGAGCUCAGGGUCCAGGACUCGUCAGAGCGAGAUGACAGCUACGUUCCAUCGUCGUCCCCGGAGAGCGUGGCGGACAUGGAGGUCAGCCGGUACCCCGACCUGUCCUUCAUCAAACUGGAGCCCCCCUCACCCUGCCCGUCGCCUACACUACCCAUGAUCCCCUGUGCUUGGGGGAAAGGAUCUGCAGUCAAACAGGAAGUGAAGACUGAGACCAACCAUCAGGGACUUCCUUCCUGCUCGAACACAGACCUGGUUACCAUAGCAAUAACCCUGAACCCCACUGCAGCCCAGAACGUUCCAGGAGUGAUGGCGGCGGUGGCGGAGCUGCUGCGGGUCCCCGUCCCUGUGAACUACCAGCUGAGCCGAGCGUCCGGCCCCGAGCAGAGCUCUCUGGCCCUGCUGGCGAGCGUGCAGGUGCCGCUGACGCAGGAUUCAUCCGCCACAAAACAGAGAGCGGCCGCCACAGGAAACACAGGUGUCAGGAUGGACUUCAGCCAGCAGGGCGGCGCCACCACCAGGCCUCCGUGCUGCAGCUACUGCAAGGUGUUGCUGGGAAACGGAGUCCGCGUUGUCAGGGAGCUCAAACAGGAGGGUCAGCCCGGACCCGGCGCCAGCUUGCUCUUCUGCAGUCCCAACUGCUCCACCCUCUACACCAGCGACCUCCAGAGCAGGUCUGCAGGCACCAAGUCUGCAGUCCCCGUCCUGCUCUCCGGCUCCGAGUGCCCCCCUCCCACCAGGGGGCAGCACCAGUACACCAACAACAUGUCCUCCAUCGCCGUCCACGCCCUCCCCCGUGCUCCCUCCUCGCCUCCCUCGACAUCCUCCUCCUCCUCCCCACCUCUCUUCUUCCCAUCUGCCUCUGCCAUCACCAUGGAGACCAGGCCUCACAUGGACAGCCUCAAGGUGAAGGUAAAGUUGAAGCCCCGCCCCCGAGCAGUCCCAGGUGAGGAGGACUCACUGUCAUCGUGCCAUGGAAAGAGGAUGAAGAGUUCCCGCUGGCGACGCUGGAGUGUUAACAUCACACUGAGCAGGGGUACGUGCAUCUCUAAUGAGGCGGUUGCCUUGCCAACACAGGAUGAAGUGGAUGAGCUGUUGAAGAACCUGGGGGCGUGUCUUCGUCCAGACCCAUUACCCAGAGACCAGCGCAGGUGCUGCUUCUGUCACCAGCAGGGCGAUGGCCAGACAGACGGACCGGCCAGGCUCCUGAACCUGGACUUGGAUCUGUGGGUGCACCUUAACUGCGCCCUGUGGUCCAGCGAGGUGUACGAGACUCAGGCGGGUGCGCUCAUCAACGUGGAGCUGGCUUUGAGGCGAGGACUGACGCUGCGCUGCGCUCACUGCCAGCAGACCGGCGCCACGAGCGGCUGCAACCGCCUCCGCUGCACCAACACCUACCACUUCACCUGCGCCUCGCAGGCCCAGUGCACCUUCUUCAAGGAUAAGACCAUGCUCUGCCACCUCCAUAAACCCAGGAUGGUUCCUCUCAGCGGGGACAGGUCCUGCGGCGGCUCACCCUCCUCCACUCCCGGCUCCGCCCCUGACCCGGCGGCUGUGACGGCCUCUGACCCGUACGACUCAGAGCUGCGAUGCUUCGCGGUGUUCCGCCGAGUGUUCGUGCAGCGGGACGAGGCGCGCCAGAUCGCAGCCGUGGUGCAGCGCGGCGAGCGGCAGCACACCUUCAGGGUCGGCAGCCUGCUGUUCCGCGCCAUCGGCAGGCUCCUCCCACAGCAGAUGAGAACCUUCCACAACGAGGCGGCCAUCUUCCCCGUCGGUUACCAUGCUAACCGUAUCUACUGGAGCAUGCGCCACAGCAACAGACGCUGUAAGUACAUGUGCUACAUCGAGGAGGAGGAGGGGCAGCCGCUGUUCAAGGUGAAGGUGGUGGAGAAAGGACACGAUGACCUCAUUCUGACCGGACCCACGCCCAAAGUGUCAGUGACAUCAUGUGAAGGGGGUGGGGCCUGCACGUCUCGCGUCCACAGAGGGUCACGUCUUUCACUCGUGUUGUGUGUCUGUGUGCAGAAUCGCGGCGUGUACAUGUUCCGGAUCGACAACGACUACGUGAUCGACGCCACCAUCACCGGGGGACCCGCCAGGUACAUCAACCACUCAUGUGCUCCCAACUGUAUCACUGAGGUGGUGACAGUGGAGAAGGAGAACAAGAUCAUCAUCAGCUCCUGCAGACGCAUCCAGAGAGGAGAAGAGCUGUGCUACGACUACAAGUUCGACCUGGAGGACGAUCAGCAUAAGAUCCCGUGUCACUGCGGAGCCGUCAACUGCCGCAAAUGGAUGAACUGAACACACACACACAGGCAGCUCGCUCUCUGUCGAUCCCUGUGGGCGGAGCUUAACUUCAUAUCAACACAGUGAUAAUAAUGAAAGUGAUUGCUUUGAUAACAGAAGUAAUAAUAAUAAUAUUGAUGAUGGGGAUAACAGGUCAGGGUGGGGGUUAUAUAUGCGCACGGGUGGGGUCAGAAGCUUGUUUCUGAGGGCGUAGCUGUGUUGGAGAGUGGGCGGGGCUUAAAGAGGCUGGUCCUCUGUGUAUAUUGUGUGUAAAAAUGAGCACAGAUGUAAAUGUGAGAUCAGAGAAUGUGUUGUCUUUAACUUGCACUAAAACACAAAAACAACAAAAAUAGAGACUUUAUUCCCCGGCCCCGCCCACCCCACUCCGGCCCCGCCCACCUCCAUUUGUUAAUUUCCUGUAAAAUAAGAGUUUUUUUGUAUUUAUUACUGAAUGAAGCUAUUUUCUAAACCUGCGGUGCGUUCGAGGUCCGGCGUGGCGGUGUGUAAAUACGUGUACCAUAGAUGAGAGAAUUGAGUUUAAGAAGCCCUCCACCAACCUCACCACCGCCAAUCAGCUGCAGCGUUUCAAGUACCGUUUGUGUUGCCGACCCGGCACCGCAUCCCGAUUGGACGGACUGUGAAGGGGCAGGCGUCACCGCGGCCUUCAGGCGCCGAGUCCCGCUGCCGUGUACAUAGGAGACUGCUGAUGUGUACAGAGACGACACGAAGCCUUUUUUAUUAUUACUGGACGUAACCGUGACGAUGAAGAUGUUUGUUUUUGGGAAAUAUGGUGACUCUGAUUUAGAAUCAUUUACAGAAAAAUAAAAUAUUUUACAUGUU